CGUGCAACAAGCCCCCCCGACCGAUCUUCUUCUACACGAAUAAUCCACUUGCCCGCCCAUCGCUGCCCGAUCCCCUGCCCUCCCUUUUCUUUUCUUGUUCCUGCUCCCUCACUCUCACCCUCUUCCGCCUCUCAUCCUCUCUCUCUCCCUGCACGGCGCGCGCGCGUGUGUUUGUGGUCUCGUAUCUCUGUCGAAUUUCAUAUAUACCCCCAUCCGGAAAUGCAUUUUUGAGUUCUCCUUCUUCUUCGCCCGUCUGUAUUACCACCACCGUCCCGCCACCCGCACAUCGUGUGCGCGCGUUCGCCCAUUAUACCCCAUUGUUGUUUAUCCCCUUGUCGCAGAAGCAUCGCCAUCCCCAGCGCCACCGCUCGCCGCCGAUUCCCAGUGCUCCUCGCCCCGUUAGGCCACCAUGGAGGCCCUCCUCUCCCUCGCCUUCGACAACCUCUCGUCCUACGACGGGCCCAAGGUCCGCAAGGGCCUGCGCCAGGUCGAAGGCCUCCUCGCACAAAUAUGCCUCUCCCCGGACCACAAGUCGGAGCGCCAGCGCCAGCGCAGCUCAGCGGCCAACGACACCGCCAACAGCACCUUUGGCGGCGGUGGCAAUAGCGUCGUCGAGUCGCCCAAGCAGCAACAGCAAUCGCCGCGCAAGGACUUGGCCCAGCUGUCGCACGACCCGGCCUUUCGCGAGUUCUUCAAGCUGCAGGAGGGCUUCGAGUGGAACGUGGCUAUGCGCCUGAUCGGCACCCUCGACCGCCUCAUGGCCAAGGGCAGCGACGGCCAAAACGACCUGCUCAUCCUGAGCGCCCUCGACCUCAUCCAGGGCGUGCUGCUGCUGCACCCGCCGAGCAAGUCGCUCUUUGCCCGCGAGCAGAAUAUGAAUCUCCUCCUCGACCUCCUCGAGCCGUUCAACUGCCCUGCAAUCCAGUCCGCCACGCUCCUCACCCUCGUCGUCGCCCUCAUCGACGCGCCGACCAACACGCGCACCUUCGAGGCCCUCGACGGUCUGCUCACCGUCACGUCGCUCUUCAAGUCGCGCUCGACGCCCCGCGAGGUCAAGCUCAAGCUCGUCGAGUUCCUCUACUGCUACCUGAUGCCCGAGACGCCGUCCAUCCCCCGCGCCCCCGGCAACCACCGCGACUCGGUGCCCGCCAUGCUGCAGCGCAGUCCCAGCAAGCUGGCCGGCGCGUUCGCUGCCGCCACCGGUGGCGGCAGCGGCACCAGGCGCAGGCGCGCGGGCAGCGGCGAUACCAUGUCGGCCGCCACGCUGUCGACGGAGGAGAAGCAGGGUUUGCUGAGCCGGCAUCUGAGCAGCGUGGAGGACCUGGUUAAGGACCUGCGGACCUGCGCCCCGUUUGGCGGCGUAGUGUGCUAGCGCACCCCCGUUUCGUUUGUCCUUCGUUUUUGCUGCGUUGAUAUCGAAGGGG